CAAUGAAUUGUUGUAAUUUUCGCAAUCACUGUCCAAGCACCUUCUUCUGUCUUUAAUGUCAAAGGGGCAGCCAAACUAGAAGACAUUUCCUUUUCCUUGUCAAACAAAAUUGGGUUUGGCUUGUCAAAUGUAAUGAAACGAAAAGGAUUUGAUCGUUCCUAGUCGCCAUCCCAUUAAGACUUCCUCGAUCUUUUCUUUCUUGUAAAGGCCGCCAUCGUCUCUUAAAAUGCCUUUGACUUUGGACAUUUCCCUCUCUCGAACACGCCAUUGCAACAACACAAAAGCGAACCCCCCAAUCGCCAUAAUUCCCACAUCUUCCUUUCCUUGGGAUCCUGUAUUUGUUUUUGGGAUGGAUUCAAAAACCCCAGUUGAGAAUUUGUGUAGUAUUGAGCCCGCCUUAAGUUCCUCCUCAAGGAGGAGCAAUUUUUCUGUUCAGUCCAAGGCUUCAGGUGGCAAUUCGGUUAGGGAAGUGAAUUUUAGUGAUUUGGGAUCAAAGCCAGUGAGAUAUGGAUCCCAUGGUGCUGAUUCAGAGACAAAUGCCAUGUCACAGAAAGAGAUCAAUGAUGAAGAUGCUAGGUUGGUACAUAUAAAUGAUCCUGUCAAGACAAAUGAGAGGUUUGAGUUUGCUGGGAAUUCCAUUCGGACAGCAAAGUACUCAAUCCUAACAUUUUUGCCUAGGAACUUGUUUGAGCAGUUUCAUAGAGUUGCCUAUAUAUACUUCCUUGUGAUUGCUGUGCUCAAUCAGCUGCCUCAGCUUGCGGUAUUUGGCCGUGGAGCUUCCAUUAUGCCAUUGGCAUUUGUACUUCUGGUUACAGCAGUUAAGGAUGCAUAUGAGGACUACAGGCGGCAUAGGUCGGAUAGGAUUGAGAAUAAUAGGCUAGCAUCAGUUCUGGUAAAUUAUCAAUUUCAACAAAAGAAAUGGAAGAACAUUCAGGUUGCUGAGAUAAUCAAGCUUCAUGCAAAUGAAACUAUUCCUUGUGAUAUGGUGCUGCUCUCCACUAGUGAUCCAACUGGGGUUGCAUACGUGCAGACUAUUAAUUUGGAUGGAGAGUCCAAUUUGAAGACACGAUAUGCAAAACAGGAGACCCUUACGAAGAUUCCUGAACAGGGGAAGAUUACUGGGUUGAUUAAGUGUGAGAAACCCAACAGGAACAUAUAUGGGUUUCAGGCCAACAUGGAAAUUGAUGGGAAACGGCUGUCGCUUGGUCCCUCCAAUAUUGUUCUUCGUGGCUGUCAGCUCAAAAAUACUGCUUGGGCAGUUGGGGUUGCUGUCUAUGCUGGCCGUGAGACCAAAGCGAUGCUUAACAGCUCAGGAGCCCCAUCUAAGAGGAGCCGACUUGAGACCCAUAUGAACUUAGAGAUAAUCAUCCUCUCUCUGUUUCUUAUUGCUCUAUGUACAGUUGUGUCUGUCUGUGCUGGUGUUUGGCUGAGGCGCCACCGGGACGAGUUGGAUUACUUGCCCUUUUACAGAAGAAAAGACUUUUCUGAUGGGGAAGAAGAUAACUAUAAUUAUUAUGGAUGGGGCAUGGAAAUAUUUUUCACAUUCCUCAUGUCAGUAAUUGUGUUCCAGAUCAUGAUUCCCAUUUCAUUGUAUAUUUCCAUGGAGCUAGUCCGGGUUGGUCAGGCUUACUUCAUGAUUAGAGAUACCCAGAUGUAUGAUGAGUCUUCAAAUGCAAGAUUUCAGUGUAGGGCUUUGAAUAUAAAUGAGGACCUAGGACAAAUAAAAUACGUUUUCUCUGACAAAACCGGUACACUUACUGAGAACAAGAUGGAAUUUCAAUGUGCAAGCAUUUGGGGGGUAGAUUACAAUGGUGGAAAGGCCUCUUCAGAAGAUGGUUGCUAUGUCCAAGUGGAUGGUAAAGUUUUGAGGCCUAAGAUGAAGGUAAAGACUGACCCAGAGCUUCUACAAUUUGCGAGGAGUGGAAAAGAGACAAAAGAAGGCAGUCAUGUCUAUGAUUUCUUCCUUGCACUGGCAGCUUGCAAUACAGUUGUGCCUCUAAUCAUAGAUAUGCCUGAUCCUACCGUGAAGUUGAUAGAUUACCAAGGAGAGUCUCCAGAUGAACAAGCAUUGGUUUAUGCUGCUGCAGCAUAUGGAUUUAUGCUGAUGGAACGAACUUCUGGCCAUAUUGUUAUUGACAUUCAAGGAGAAAGGCAAAGGUUCAAUGUUUUGGGUUUGCACGAGUUUGAUAGUGAUCGGAAGAGGAUGUCUGUUAUAUUGGGGUUCCCUGACAAAUCUGUAAAACUGUUUGUAAAAGGUGCUGACACAUCCAUGUUUAAUGUCAUAGAACGAUCCUUGAAUGUAAAUAUAAUACGCACAACCGAAGCCCAUCUUCAGUCUUACUCCUUAUUUGGUUUGAGAACACUUGUUGUUGGGAUGAGAGAACUGAGUACUUCAGAAUUUGAGGAAUGGCACUCUGCAUUUGAGGUAGCAAGUACUGCUCUGAUGGGUAGAGCCUCUUUGCUUCGGAAGGUUGCUAGCAAUAUAGAAAACAAUCUCUGUAUACUGGGUGCCUCUGGUAUUGAAGAUAAACUGCAACAAGGAGUGCCAGAAGCCAUUGAGUCUCUUAGAACAGCUGGGAUCAAAGUAUGGGUGUUGACUGGGGACAAGCAAGAAACUGCCAUAUCAAUUGGGUACUCCUCAAAGCUCUUGACAAGUAAAAUGACACAAUUUAUAAUUAACAGCAACUCUAAGGAGUCAUGCAGAAAGAGUUUAGAAGAUGCCAUCAUCAUGUCUAAGAAACUCAUGACUAUGUCAGACACUGCAAAUAACACUGGGGGAAAUUCGGGAGCUGGUUUAACUCCAGUAGCCUUGAUUAUUGAUGGUACCAGCCUUGUAUAUAUUCUUGACAGUGAACUUGAAGAAUUGCUCUUCCAAUUAGCCUGUAAUUGUUCUGUGGUUUUGUGUUGUCGGGUGGCCCCGUUACAAAAGGCUGGAAUUGUUGCCCUUGUAAAGAACAGGACUUCAGACAUGACACUUGCCAUUGGGGAUGGUGCUAAUGAUGUUUCAAUGAUCCAAAUGGCGGAUGUGGGAGUUGGCAUCAGUGGCCAAGAGGGUAGGCAGGCUGUAAUGGCAUCAGAUUUUGCAAUGGGGCAGUUUAGAUUCUUAGUUUCUCUUUUAUUGGUCCAUGGCCAUUGGAAUUACCAGCGGAUGGGCUACAUGAUAUUAUACAAUUUUUACAGGAAUGCAGUGUUUGUCCUUCUUCUAUUUUGGUAUGUGCUCUUUACUUGUUUCACAUUGACCACUGCAAUCACUGAGUGGAGCAGUGUGUUGUAUUCUGUAAUCUACACUUCAGUGCCUACGAUUGUUGUUGGUAUUCUUGACAAGGACUUAGGUAGAAGGACUCUUUUAAAGUAUCCUCAGCUGUAUGGGGCUGGGCACAGACAAGAGUGCUACAACAAAAGACUCUUUUGGAUAACAAUGAUUGAUACUUUCUGGCAAAGUGCAGUUGUCUUUUUUAUUCCUCUUCUUGCAUACUGGGGCAGCACCAUUGAUGGAUCAAGUAUAGGAGAUCUUUGGACAAUUGCAGUUGUUAUAUUGGUUAAUUUGCACUUGGCCAUGGAUGUCAUCCGGUGGAAUUGGAUAACUCAUGCAGCCAUUUGGGGUUCUAUAAUUGCAACAUGCAUCUGUGUCAUCAUUAUCGAUGCUUUACCAUCAUUAGUUGGUUACUGGGCCAUCUUUAAAAUUGCAAGGACGGGAUUGUUUUGGUUGUGUUUGCUUGUCAUCAUCAUAGUUGCACUAAUUCCGCGUUUUGUUGUGAAAGUUCUCUAUCAAUUGUACACACCUUGCGAUGUUCAGAUUGCAAGGGAAGCUGAAAAGUUUCAGACUCAGAGGGCGACUGGAGCUUUAGAAGUAGAAAUGAAUCCAAUCUUGGACCCUCCAAGGAGAUGAAAAGGUGAUUUUGUUCCUUCACUCCUAUUUCUUUUUGUAAAGUGUUAUCGUUGUUCAGGCUUCUGCAGAGUAUUAUUGUUCAUUGCCGGAUUUUCAUUGUUCGCUAUCCAAAGGAUAGAGUUGUUGUUCCUUAGGUUUGUAGUUUGCGCGGUUGUAGCUUAUAAAAUUAUUUCAUGUAAACUAGCUUUGUUUACAGCACAGGGAAUCAUACAAAGAAACAUACACGAAAUUUUCAAUGAAUAGAGUUUUUUCUUGUAUA